AUGGUUCAGAAUAUUGAGAAGUCUUCGGGCACUGAAGAAGCAAAGGGGUCUGGCAGCACGCGAAUGCCGUUGCACCCCAUAGCGAUCAAGCCCAAACCUUCCGGAACGUCGAGUUCGGUAAAGUCUGUGCAGAUGAGCAAAGGCACGUCAACGGCUGCGAACAAGGGAUCGGAUGAGAUAGUGUUGACCACUUCUAAGAACUGGAUUCUACCUCCGAGGCCUAAAAUUAAGAAAGGGAAAGCGCACAAGGCUAGUUCCGAGUCUGUGAAGAAGUCAGACAAGACGGAAAAGCCGGAAAAGUUCAAGUUCAAUUCACAGAUCCAUUCUAACAUCAAUCUUUACACCAACAACCAGCUGGACCUGAAGUUGCAGCUGCAAAACGUGACGAAAGAAAACGACAACCUGAAAAAGAUCCUUGCUAAAGUGAACAAGGAGAUCCAUAAUUUGCGGCUGGCCAAGGGCGAGCUUCAAUCGAGUGUCGAGCCGAUCGACCUUGAGGAGUCGCACUCGAUGGCCAGCAGAACGCCUUCUGUUUCCGAAUCGAACGAGGCCAUCACCAUUGAUCCGAUUAAUUUAAGCUACAACUUGGAAAAUAAGCGGGUGAAGAAAAACGGAGAAUCGAAAAAAAGGAACACCGGGGUGGUUGGGGUUGGCAUCGGGCCUCUCUCGGAGCUAUCUGUGUCCUCAAAGGACAUUUUGAUGAGCACUGCAAAGAGCAAGAAGAAGACUGAUAGCAAAGCGAACGAGGUGAGCCAAAAAGCACAAAUGUUGCUUGCGGAGCAGAUGCGACAAAAACAGCUGCUGCUAGAGAAACAGCGGCAGGAACAGACCCAGAAACAGUUCCACCCGUGUGGAGUGUGCCUGGUGACCGGGAGCUGCAUGUGUGGCGACUUGAACGACGUGACGAACGAGUGGCUUGUGCGCGGAUAUGGAGAACUUGAUUUGCUCGAGGAGGCGGAUCCGUUGCUAAUCGAGCCGGCCUCCACAGACGUGGACGAUGAGUUCAAGUUCAACAAUGAUUUCAUGAUGUACGAAUAG